AUGCAAAAUUCAGACAUUGGUGCUGAUCCUAGCGGGUCGUAUCCCAGUCGUCAAUACGUGCAUCGUCAAACAUCUCAGGAGGGGGACAAUAGAUUCUCUAAUGACUGGAAUACCAGGACGUACGUAUAUGAUGACAGCAAUCCUCAUUCCACACAGCAAGAGACUGAUAGCAUUGCUUCUUCCGGCCAUGAAAGAUACACUGAUAGCGAUCAAGGAAACCAUGAAUCUUCAGCUGUGGACUAUGACAAUGCAUCAGGCGCUGUAGCCCCAAAUGCACAAAAUCAACCCCCUCAAUCCCCUGCUGGGCAUACUGCUGCACAACAACUACCUCAGCAGCAGCAGCAGCAUGAACCUACGCAACAACAAAGUCAACACGAACCACCAUCUUCUCCUCCAGAUUCUGCUAAUAAUGAAAAGGCUGCUGAAGCAGUUAAUCAGCCACAGCCACAAAAUCAACAGCAGCCUGGUGGAGACGGGGACGAAGAUGACGACGACGAGGAUAUUGAUGCAUUAAUAGAAGAUUUAUACUCCCAGGAUAAUCAAGAAGAAGAAGAAGAAGAAGAAGAAAAGCAUGAACCGGGCGGUGUCAAAACGGUUCCAGAAGAACUUCUUCAAACUGAUCCAAAGCAGGGUCUUUCCCAAUCUGAAGUUGAACAAAGACAAAGCAAAUAUGGUCUAAACCAAAUGAAGGAAGAAAAGCAAAACAACUUUAAGAAAUUCCUCUCAUUUUUCCUUGGUCCUAUUCAAUUCGUUAUGGAAGCCGCAGCCGCUUUGGCUGCAGGUCUUCGUGACUGGGUAGAUUUUGGUGUCAUUUGUGCGCUUCUAUUGCUCAAUGCAACUGUUGGUUUCGUUCAAGAAUACCAGGCUGGCUCAAUUGUGGACGAGUUGAAGAAAACUAUGGCUUUGAAAUCCAGCGUCAUACGUGACGGACAUGUCGUUGAAUUGGAGGCCAAGGAUAUCGUCCCAGGUGACAUUCUACACCUUGAUGACGGUACCAUUUGUCCAGCAGAUGGUCGGUUAAUUUCUGAUGAUUGCUACCUUCAAGUAGAUCAAUCUGCAAUUACUGGUGAAUCUCUUGCUGUAGACAAGCAUAAAAAUGACACCAUGUACUCUUCAUCUUCGGUUAAACGAGGUGAGGCAUACAUGGUUGUCACAGCUACUGCUGAUUCGACUUUCGUUGGAAGAGCCGCAUCUUUAGUUGGUGCAGCGGGUCAAGCUCAGGGUCAUUUUACUGAAGUUCUCAACGGAAUUGGUACUGUUCUUCUUGUUCUAGUAAUUCUUACGCUCCUCUGUAUUUAUACCGCAGCAUUUUAUCGUACUGUUCGUCUCGCGAGACUCUUGGAAUAUACUUUGGCAAUUACCAUUAUUGGUGUACCAGUGGGCCUUCCCGCAGUUGUCACAACAACAAUGGCUGUUGGUGCUGCUUAUCUUGCAAAAAAGAGAGCUAUUGUUCAAAAACUUUCGGCCAUCGAAUCUUUAGCAGGCGUGGAAAUCCUUUGUUCAGAUAAAACCGGUACCUUGACUAAAAACAGACUUUCUAUGGGUGAACCUUAUUGUGUCGAAGGUGUUGAUCCUGAUGAUCUUAUGAUUACUUCUUGUCUUGCAUCUUCUCGAAAGAAGAAAGGUCUGGACGCCAUCGAUAAAGCAUUCUUGAAAGCUCUGAGAGACUAUCCUAAAGCCAAACAAAAAUUGUCUAAAUAUAAAAUUUUAGAUUUCCAUCCUUUUGAUCCUGUUUCCAAAAAGGUUACUGCUAUCGUUGAAACUCCAGAAGGUGAACGAGUAACAUGCGUGAAAGGUGCACCGCUAUGGGUAUUCAAGACUGUUCAAGAAGAUCAUGAAGUUCCUCAAGAAAUUAGUGAUGCGUACAGGGAGCAGGUUAACGAUAUGGCUUCUAGAGGUUUCCGUUCACUUGGUGUCGCCCGUAAAGUAGAAGGAAAACAAUGGGACAUUCUCGGUAUUAUGCCUUGCUCGGACCCACCUCGUAAUGACACUGGUCGUACGAUCGGCGAAGCUAUUCGUUUAGGUUUGAGAAUCAAGAUGCUUACCGGUGAUGCUGUCGGUAUUGCUAAAGAAACAGCUCGCCAACUAGGUAUGGGAACUAAUGUUUAUAACGCCGAACGUCUUGGUUUAGGUGGAGGUGGUGAUAUGCCUGGCUCUGAGGUUUAUGACUUUGUAGAAGCUGCCGAUGGAUUCGCUGAAGUCUUCCCUCAGCAUAAAUAUUCAGUAGUCGAUAUUCUUCAACAAAGAGGUUAUUUGGUGGCAAUGACUGGUGAUGGUGUCAAUGAUGCUCCUUCUUUGAAGAAGGCAGACACUGGUAUUGCUGUUGAAGGUGCCUCCGAUGCUGCUCGUUCAGCUGCUGAUAUUGUCUUCUUAGCCCCUGGUCUUUCAGCUAUCAUUGAUGCUUUGAAAACAUCUCGUCAAAUUUUCCACCGCAUGUAUGCAUAUAUCGUUUACCGUAUUGCAUUGUCUCUUCAUUUGGAAAUCUUUUUUGGAUUAUGGAUUAUCAUCUUGAAUCGCUUGAUGAAUUUGGAAUUAAUCGUCUUUAUUGCAAUUUUCGCUGAUGUUGCAACACUAGCAAUUGCAUAUGACAAUGCUCCGUUUGCACCAAAACCAGUUAAGUGGAAUCUUCCUCGUCUGUGGGGUCUCUCUACAGUUGUUGGUAUCCUUUUAGCCAUUGGCACUUGGAUUGUAAAUACCACCAUGAUUGCCGAAGGACAAAAUCGCGGUAUCGUACAGAACUUUGGUGUCCUUGAUGAGGUGCUCUUCCUUCAAAUUUCACUUACUGAAAACUGGUUAAUUUUUAUCACCCGUUGUAAUGGACCUUUCUGGUCUUCUAUCCCUUCUUGGCAGCUAACCGGUGCUGUGUUAGUUGUUGAUAUUCUCGCUACAAUCUUUUGCAUUUUCGGAUGGUUCAAAGGCGGCCAUCAAACGUCCAUUGUAGCUGUUCUCCGUGUUUGGAUGUAUUCUUUCGGAAUAUUCUGUUUUAUAGCAGGAGUUUACUUGAUCUUAUCCGAAUCGGCCGUCUUCGAUCGUUUAAUGCACGGCAAGGCUAAGAAAGGAGGCUCUACUCGUACGCUUGAAGAUUUUGUUUUACGGUUGCAGCGUACUUCAACUCACCAUGAACAAGAUGGAAAGCAUAACGGCUAA